UCAUUUAGUCAUAUCUAAUAACUUCAAAAAGGUCAAAGAAAUACUAAUUAAUUACGAUCUUUGCAAGGUAUGUUUUGAACGUUAGAACUUACACAAAGAUUGCCCCCAAAAAAUGUGUUCAUGGUUUGAAUAACAAUAUUUUCAAAGUGUUCAACAAAGUAAUUACGGUUUCUACAUUGGAAUUUGAACAUUGAUUUACGAUAUCAAAUGUUGCCAAACUAAAUCGAUUUUAAGAAGCUUGACUCGAACUUAAAACAGCCAACGCUUUCAAUCUUUUGCAGUACACAAACAAAAUAUACUAUUCAAGUUUUUAGAAAAAUUAUUUUUAGCUAAGUUUGAUGGAAAAUGACAAAAAGGAGAGAGAGAGGUAGACACUGAAACAAAUGUGGACUGCUUCAAAACUGUAAACGAAUGAGAGAAAAGGAGAUAACUUGUCAAAAUUUGACAGAAACAAUGUAAAUCAAAGUGAUCUUGCUGGAGAAUCUCUGAGGAGCUUCUUCUCCAUCGUCAAAGUUCAAAGCGUAACUCCAUGGAUCAUACUGAAACAUAGUCUGUUUCUGCUUCUUCUUGGUCUUCUUCACCGCCUGCUUCACCCUCCGAAACAUCUUCUUCACAGCCUCCAUACUCAUUUUUAUCAGAAUGUUGAAAUAAACCUUUUCUAGGUUGUGAAGCUUUAAAAGGGUCUUUUGAAAAUGGAUUAAAGUUUCAAUCUUUUGGGUUUUUUAGCAGAACAAAAAGAAAGAGAAUUUAGAGAAAAAAAAAAGAAAGUGUUCAGAUUUUUGGGGGUAGUUGAAUUGAAUCCGUGCGAAGAAUUUACAUUGGGCUUCACGAGAAAGAGAUAUAACAGAAGAAGAAGAAACUUUGGGCAGAGUGCUUACUCUGUUUUUUUCUUUAACUGUUUGGUCUUUGUCUCCUACUAUCUCAGCGAAUCAAAAUAUUCUUUUUUUUUCCUUUAAUUUUCAACUUUUGAUAUUUCAAAACAAUAAAAUAAAGAAAUAGUUUGAGUCAAAAUAAUAAAAACUGGAUAUUUUACUUUUAUUCAUUGAGAUUUUGAAUUAAAUGAAUGAGGUUAUCACAAAUAAAAUCAGAUAUAUUGAAAUUUUGUUUGUUGUUGAGAUUUUAGUUUUUUCUAGCUUGACUAAGAUUAUUAAGAUGUACUUUCAAAUUAUUUUGUUUAUUUAGAUGAUCACGUAUUUUGUGGGUGAUUAGUAAUGUUGUACAUUUUUUGGAUAUACUUUUUUUUUUGGUCAAAGGAUAUACUAUUAAAUAGGUUUGUUGUUAAGUUUACAACAUUUGAAUAAUUUUGGAGCUUACAAGAUUUUUUGGUUAAGAGUUUUCCAGCAACCAACCUCAUCUAAACGUCUGAGCCGGACCACGAAAACGAUUAUACAUGAUGUAUUUAGAUUUGGGAUUGUAAUGAGUUUCGGCUUUGCUCUUAAAAUGACUUAUCAUUGAUUGUGCUACACCAUACAUGGUUUACUACAUAAUGAUUUUUUAUUUUUGGAAAAAUGUUUUUAUGUGUUUUGAAUUUAGUCAAAAAAUGGUAAUACAUUUCUAAAAUAAAUAUUGAAGAUUAAGUUAUAGAUAUGGUUAUCGAGUGCAACUAACUACUCAUUCCCUUAUAUAAACACUUGUUAUCAAGUUGUCAAAGAAAAACACUUGUUAUCAUCUUAAAAAAUCAACACAUAUUCAAGAUAAUAUACUGUCCUAAAUUCAUAUUGGACAGCGAAGAUGCAUGACUAGAUGUGUAACAUAUUAAAGUUAUAGAUGCUCUCAUAUAACACUUUUUCAUUAAACUUACAUUAUUGUAGUAAACAAACAUCACUAUUCUCUUUGUAAUUCUCAAGAAAAGCUGUGUAAUAAAAAGGACAACAUGUGUGUCCCCCAAACAAUUUCUACUAAAAAUCCCAGAACUUUCACAUUCUCGCACAUUAACCCCACUUGCUCUCUCUUCUUCUUCUACUUCUUCGCCUCACUUCUCACUCUGUUCCACACUUUAACUAACUCACAACACUAAGGCCAAACUAACUUUCAAUAUCAGUAAUGAGAGAGCUUGGGCGGUUGAAGACGAGCACGAACCAUCAACCAUGGCCGCCCAUUGGAGCACCGAUGAAUCUCCGGCGAGAAGAACCAUGUAAAUCACGAUUCGACGACGACUCAGUUAACGCCGUCUCCUUUGGUUUCGUAGCUACAGCCAUUCUCAUCUCAAUGUUCCUCGUCAUGGCUAUCUUCGAGAAACUCAUUCGAACUACAAAUACUAACCCAGAUUCCUCUUCUGGUCGGAUCCUUUCGGGUAUGGAUUCUCGGGUCGGGUUGAGUGGCUCAGCAGCAUCGAAGCUCGGUUACCAAUCUCCAAAGAUGACUGUUUACGCGAACGGUGUAUCAGUAUUGAUGCCAGGAGAUGAUAUCCCUACUUUCAUUGCUCAUCCAGUUCCGGUGCCUCGUCCUCCACAACACAUAUCACAGUCUCAGCAUCAACAUAGCUCAUCAAGAGAUUCCUCCAACUCAAACUCCAUUCAAGAAUGUUGAAAGACUGUUUUCUUUAUCAUGUAUAUCACCCAUUGGCCUAAUAAACAUUCCAGCAACCACAUUGAGUUGAGUUGCGUUUGGCAUCGAAUGUUUUUUAUUUUCUCCCGAUGAUCUCACUACAUUGAUUGGGUUCAUGGAGAUUAUUUAUGCGUAUUUUGUGUACAUAUAUCAUUAAUAUUUUUUUUUUUAAACUGGUUUAUGUA